AUGGACGCUACAAGUACAUUAUCGCAAAUAGCUAAAAUAAAAUGUACCCAAACCGCUUUACAAGUUCUUGCUACAGCCCUACAUCUGACAUCAUAUUUGUAUCCAGAACAGGCGCUCGUGAAUGAUGGUGAUGUAUUCGACUACAUAGUAGUGGGUGCAGGAUCUGCGGGUUGUGUGAUCGCGAAUAGGCUCACAGAGGAUCCUACGUCGAGAGUCUUGCUGGUAGAAGCUGGCGGUGAUCCUCCAAUAGAAUCAGACCUUCCUGGGUGGAUGGCUUAUUUAAAACAAUCACCACAGGAUUGGGAUUAUGCGACAGUAUAUGAUGAAUAUUCACAACAAUGUCAUAAUCCUCCCUAUGCUGAAAUAACAAGAGGAAAAAUGCUGGGAGGUUGCAGCAGUAACAACUAUAUGUAUUAUGUUCGAGGAAACCCUCAUGAUUAUAACACCUGGGCAAACAUAACUAACGAUGAAACUUGGAAAUAUGAAAACGUUCUUCCAUAUUUUAUGAAAAGUGAAAAACUUCAAGAUUCAAAUAUUUGGAAUACACCAUAUGCGCGUUUUCAUGGAAAUGAUGGUUAUUUAGGAGUCACAAAGCAGUAUGCCAAUGUAACUAAAAAAUAUUUAAAGGCAUUCAGUGAGCUCGGUUUUGAUAUCCUUUUUGAUACAAAUGGGGAUGACAUCCUUGGUUUCAGUGAACCUAUGCUGACAAUUGUUAAUGGUACUAGACAAAGUACAGCUACAGCUUUUCUCUCGCCUAUUAAAAGUAGACCAAAUUUGUAUGUUUUAAAAAAUACUCUGGUUUCCAAAAUAAAUUUUGAUGAACACAAUAAUGCUGUUAGUAUUGAUGCAAUCAGAGGAAAUGUAGAAAAAAUAACAAUAAUAGCAAAGCAAGAAAUUAUAGUGUCAGCUGGAAGUGUAAAUUCUCCGCAGUUGCUCAUGUUGUCGGGGAUUGGUCCUAAAACACAUUUGGAAGAUUUAGGAAUAAAUGUUAUCGCUGAUUUACCUGUGGGAGAUAAUUUACAAAAUCACAUAACAACUAUGACUGUUUAUGUAAUGGGCGAAAAACAAAGUCCUAAAACGCCUAAAGACCCACACGAACAUCCAGCAACAACUACAGUAGGUUACGUUGCCAUAAAUAGAUCACAAUCAUAUCCAGACUACCAAAUUGCCUGUUACAUAUUGGAUGCCGAUACUCUGUUAGAAAAUUGUGCAUUUUCUUAUGCAUUCAAAAACGAAAUUUGUGACAGCUUUUACAAGAAUGCGAAAGGAAAAGAGGUUAUGUUGGCGGAGACAAUUUUACUCCAUCCGAAAUCUCGAGGUCGUAUUUUGUUGCGAAGCAUAAAUCCUAAUCAACAUCCACAAAUUUACGCUCGCCACCUCUCUAACGCUGUAGAUUUAGAUAAUCUUGUUACAUAUACUAAAGAUGUUAGUCGUAUAAUGACUACGAGUUACUUCAAGGAGAUGAAUGCAACUUUUUUGACUUCACCAGAUUGUACAUUGUAUGAACCUGGUAGUAACGAAUUCUGGAGAUGUCACACCCUGUGUAUGGCAACGCCAACGAAUCAUUAUUCAGGAACCUGUGCUAUGGGAUCUGUAGUGGAUGGCCGACUGAGAGAAUUAGGUGUGCAGAAAUUAAGGGUUGCAGAUGGUAGCGUUAUUCCUAAAAUUGUAAGCGGGAAUAUUAAUGCUCCCAUUAUUAUGAUUGGAGAAAAAGUUGCAGAUUUUAUAAAAGAAGAAAAGAAAUAAUGUAAUGAAAUUGAUACUGAUAGGCUUUCAGAAGUGAAAAUCAGAGCUGUUUUGGGGAUUUAAACUGUCCAAUGUACUAUAUUAAUACAGGUAACUUUAAACUGUUAGUACUUGAUUUAUAAAAAAAAUACUAAUAUUAUUGUAAUUGAAAUAGGUAGUUCAUUAUAUUGUUUAUUUUUAUAAAUUAGUUUUUGAUUUGGCAAAUUUUUAUGUCAAAUUGUUCUGUCAGUCAAUUUGGCAAAUUUUCACCACAUCCAUUAAAAAAUGGAUAAAUUUCUAAUUGAACUGUCAUAUCUUAAAAUCAUUAAACGAAAUUUCUAAUGUAAGUAGUAUAUUCAUUUAUUUUAACAUUUAUUAUAUAAGUAGGUAGGUAUUAUAUGUAUUUAUAGUGUAUGUAUUUAUGUAAUAUUUUAUUAUAUAUUUCAAUAUUUUAUUCAACUGUAUAUUUGUUUAUGUAUUAAUAGUUGUAGCACUUCAGCUGCCCGCUAACGACAUGCUUUCUUACUGUACUGGCUU